AUGAACCUGUCGUGCAAGUGCAGGCGGACUAGCAGGAGGGGAGAGGGUGUGUAGCUGCUGUGCAUGCAUUACCUGUCUCUAUACACCUUCCUGCCUGCUGAUCACAGCUACACAGCCCUUCCUGCUGGAUACCAGGGGCCGCUGGGACCAUCCUGUGCCAAACCCAAGACAGGAUGUUUGAAUGGUAGGAACUGAACCAAGCAACAAGAUGAGCGUCACCUCGUGGUUCCUGGUGAGCAGCUCAGGCAUGCGCCAUCGACUGCCUCGGGAGAUGAUCUUCGUAGGCCGCGACGACUGCGAGCUUAUGCUUCAGUCCCGCAGUGUGGAUAAACAGCACGCCGUCAUCAACUACGACAGCGAGAAGGAUGAGCACCGUGUGAAAGAUCUCGGGAGCUUAAAUGGAACCUUUGUGAAUGAUGUGAGGAUCCCCGAUCAGAAAUACAUCACCCUCAAACUGAAUGACGCUAUCCGCUUUGGCUACGAUAUCAAUAUGUAUGUGUUGGAACAAAUUCAGCAUAAGGUACCGGAGGAAGCAUUGAAGCAUGAGAAAUACACCAGCCAACUUCAGAUGAAUUUAAAGACUUCGGUGAAUAUGAGGAAAGAACAGCUUAAAGAACAAGCUUCUCACGUAGACUCGUCGCCAGGGAAACAGGAAAAGGUGGAGAAGAAACCCCCCAGCGAGCCCUCAAUAUAUCGCACACCGCUCUAUGGUCAGCCAUCUUGGUGGGGAGAUGAGGAUGAAAAUAACAUGCAUGAAAAACAUGAAGGGAGGAGGCCGGAAGACCAUUUUCCAGAACGACCAAAGGGAAUGCCUCCACAUGAAGAUGAAAUGAAUUGUAAUGUGGGGUACAGAGACCCCUCAGACCAAUCUCUCUAUUCAUUUAGGAGAGAGCCAAGCUAUUUUGAAAUUCCCACAAAGGACUUCCAGCAACCAGCCAAAACACCAGAGGCCCAAGUCCAUGAAAUCCCGACCAAGGACACCGAUACGGUGACCCCUCCAGUUGUGCAGAGCCACGCCUCUUUUACCAUUGAGUUUGAUGAUUGUCGGCCAGGGAAAAUAAAGAUUAAAGACCAUGUCACAAAGUUCUCCUUGAGACAGAGGAAAGCAGGGAAAGAAACCGCACCAACAGAGAUGAUGUCUGUAGAAAGUAAAGUGGCUGAUUGGUUGGUUCAUAAUGACCCAAGCUUAAUUAGAAGGCCAUCACCGGGAGAAGAUGUAUACAGCACCAAGAGCGACCUUCCCAUCCACAACAGAACGCUCAAAGGUAACCGACAUGAAGAUGGUACACAAAGCGAUUCUGAAGAUCAACCUGUAGCAGUCCCUGAAAAAGAGUCUGUACCUACCCCAGUUGAUCAAGGAAAACUUCAGCGCCAGAUUAAACGGGAACCAGAAGAGCUGUUACAUAACCAGCAGGCAUUUGUCAUAGAAUUCUUUGACGACGACGCCCCACGAAAAAAGAGGUCUCAGUCCUUCACACACAGUGCAAAUGGUUCUCAAACUGAUGGUGACUCCAAGGGCAAAAAUGAUAAACGGAAAGCAGCUUUACCGCCAGAGAAGCCAAAUACAAAUGGGACAUCGCCACCACCAUCUCUUACCAAACCCCCGACCAACUCCUCCUUUCCUCAAAGAUCCAACUCCUUCAGAAGAGAAAAGACUGAUGACCGAAUAAAUACUUCCACCCCUAUAACAGCAAAGCCUCCUUCGAAAAACUUUGGAAGCAUUGGCAAGAAAUCCAAGUUGGCUCAAGAAUUUGCCAGUGAAUUCCUGCGUGAAGAAGCAGCAGAAGCAGCAGCCAGAAAGACAAUUGAACCGCCUACGAGCCUACCUUUGUUAUCUGGGAUCAUGCAACAAAUUACCAAACCAAUGGAGUCUACCACUGUUGUACCUUCUUUGCCCCCAGCACCUGAUCACAAUCCUGUGCAAGGCAAGAGGAAUGAAGAAGAGGACAGCUUGAGUGAUGCUGGGACAUAUACAAUUGAAACCGAGAAUCAAGAUAAAGAGGUUGAAGAGGCACGCAGAAGAAUUGAUGAGGUAUUUGGAGUCUUUGAUCCAGAGGAGUAUUCCAUGAUCUCCUCAUCAGUGUACAGACCGAUCAUUAAAUUAGAGAAAGAAGAACCCUCUAUGAAAGACCUCAGUGUGAAUCACAAGGCUAUGAUGCUGUCACUAACUCCGACUUCAAAAGCUUUUACUGGUUCUCAGGCUGAUGGGCAGCCCGCAAAAUCAUCUGCGUCUAAUGCCAAAAGUGGACAGAAAUGGGUUUCACGGUGGGCGAGCCUUGCCGACAGCUACCCUGAUGCUUCUCCAACUUCUCCUUUAGAAGGCCAACGGCUGGAAUUAACUGUAGAUAAUGGUCAUAAUACUGACCUUGCAGAAAUCUUUGGUGAUGGAGACACCUCGUUCCCCUCAAGGACAAGGAGACUCCUUCCUCAGCUCCCUCCCAACGACAAAUCUGAAAGUCCCACACCUAUUAUUUUGGUGCGGACAGAGUCCAGUUCCGAAGUUCCCCAAAAGAUUGCAAUACACGGUGAUAAGAAAACUGCUCCAGCAGAGCAAAACUGUUUUUUGAACAUACAGGAAGAUUUGGAUCCAGAUAGCCUAAGUGAUGCUAGUAAAUCUGAUGAUGGUGUUUUAUCUAGUAGAAAGUCUAAUCCAUCUCCUAAUGCAUCUAGAAGUGUUUGGAGGAGAGAUGAUUUAAGUAGUCAUGAACAAAGUGUUCAGAGAACAAAUAAAGCACCUACUGAAUUGAAAUCUACUUCCUUUUAUGUAGGUAGUGAUAACGAAAUAGGAAGUUUACCACAUGCAAAUGCUGCGUUACCUGUUGUAGACAUACCCAAAGAAUAUAAAGGUCAUGAGGUCCAAGUGAAACUAAAGGGUAACCAGCACCAACCACCGGAGCUCAUGAGUGCUGGAAGAAUGGCUAACCAGCUGUUGAAGAAAGAUGAUGGAUCUCCGGAAGAAUCGGCUUCAUUUGUCCGACAGGAAAGCUUUACCAAAGAGAAAUCCAGCAGUAAUAUAUCCCCCAAUAAGCUUCCACAAAUCUCAACCCAUCCCUUGCUCAAAGAUCUCACUGUUACAAAGCCCACCACUGACUACAGCAUAGAGACCCGCCUAAUUCUCAAGGAGACGGAGACUGCUUUGGCGGCUCUAGAAGCAAAGCUUUUUUCCCAAAAUCACCUUGAGGGCAUUGACAGUGUUGAGUGCCCUCCAGAUGAUUCCUUAUCUGGAGAUUCUGACGUGGAUACUGCCAGCACUGUCAGUUUGGUUAGCGAUCAGAACGUGCCAAGUCAUCCUCCAAAAAAUAGAAUUGUAGGCCUUCAUAAGGAAAAGUCCUCCUCUGCUUCUUCUAUACAAGAUCAUUACAACCAACCCACUGCUCGGGAGAGACUUUCUGAAAAACGGAAGACUGGUGUCGCUGAUACAGGGACCAGGAGAGAUGCCACCAAGCGAUUUGAAAUGAAGCGCAGCACCGGACCACGUGGUUCACUUGAUUUUACCGAUGAAGAACGAAGCUCUAGUCUUCCUUAUAUACCAACUGAUACUGUAUCUUCAGACUAUGAACAUUCUUCAUCAAGGAAUCUCUCAAGAAGGAGACCUUAUGCUCAGUCAUCCAAGGAAGAUGCAAACAGAAUUUCAUCGAAUGCACAAAAGGUUCAGCAGGCACUCACCAGGUCAAACAGCUUAUCAACUCCCAGGCCUACACGGGCUUCUAAGUUACGGCGGGCCCGAUUAGGUGAAGCUUCUGAUAAUGAAAGCGCCGAUGCUGAAAGGUUGAACAGUCCAGAUGUAUCUUCAGCAAACUCUUCCUCUGCCAAAAGCUCUUCGGAAUCCAAAAAACUUUCCAGGCUUGAUUACCUGGCAAUGCCAAGGAAGCGGACUGGUUCCUUUAAUGUUCCAAGUGACUCUGAAGUUUCUUCUUCAAGGACAGGCUUUUCAGGGCGCAGUGCAGACCAGGGUUAUACAAGUCGUAAACCUGCUAUGGCAGAGGUCAAACAACCCAUUAAGAAACCUGUAGCACCUGUACCCAAACAACCUUUAACGAGAGCACGAUCAGGUAGUGUCAAGUACUCUUCCACAUCCGCAUCAAGACGGAGGCAGCAGGGUUCAGAUUAUUUGUCUACAUCUGAGGAGGAGUAUGGCUCUAAUCACAGCACCCCUAAACACAAACGAUCCCAUACUUCAACAGCCACUCAGACCCCCAAGGCCACCACCAUCAUUUCUCACAGUCAAAGGCACAACCGGCUUCAGGAUGAUGAUGACGACGACCAGGAGGUGUACAGCAACUUCAUGGCACAGUCUGCAGAAAUUGCAGAAAUAGCCAGGUUAAGUCAAACCCUGGUAAAAGAUGUAGCCAGCUUGGCUAAAGAGAUACAUGAAGUAGCUGGAGAUGGGGAUUCUCAGAGCUCCUCCGGGACAGGACACAGUACCUCUAUAAGCUCCGUGCCAAAUACACCGGCCUCCAUCAUAUCUGCGAGGGAAGAGAUACUUAAAAGAGCAUCACAAAGAGCAUACCCAUCCCAGUUGGUGCAUCAUAUCCCAGAGGCAAGUCUAAACUAUCAGAAAAUCCCACCAGGCUACACAGGAUCAGGUUUUGAUCAGAACAUGAAUGACAAUCGUGAGGAAGAUCCUUUAAAAAGGAGAGCAAGAAACCGAGAGGAGGUAAUAUUUGACAACCUCAUGUUGAAUCCUGUAUCGCAGCUGUCGCAUACAAUUUGCUCAAACACAGAGAUACUUACUAAAAAAAUGAAAAUUUUAUUUAAGAACAAAGAUAAAAGCUGGGAAGAUAUUGAGGCAAAAAUUCAUUCUGAAAAUGAAGUGCCAAUCCUUAAAACAUCUAACAAGGAGAUCAGCUCUAUUUUGAAAGAAUUGAGAAGAGUCCAAAAGCAACUGGAAGUCAUAAAUGCCAUCAUUGACCCAGCAGGACAUCUAGAGGUCGUGAGCAGCAACAAGAAAGUCUCUCCAGCUCUUCAGUCUACAAUGCCCCAAAUCAGGACUAACAGUUCUCUUUUAGGAAUUGAGUCCAACCAACCCGUCCAUGUCAGAAACUACUUACAGAAGUCCAGCUCUGGAUCUUCACGAUCUCCAGAAUCCAGCUUUGGUAGAGAUGAGGAUGGGGCUUAUAUUGUCUGAUUUUUUUUUUUUUUUUUAUUUAUUUGAUUUUCUUUUUUAUUUUGUGUUUUUGUAUGAAUGGCCUAUGUUAUCAGUGUGGCUUUCGGUAUAAUAUUUUGAGUGCUUGUGUUCUCUCGCAGGAAGGCUAGUCCUCACCAAUGCGUAAAGUCUGUGUCAUGCAAACGAUUGUUGACUUUUUUCUUUUUUUUCUCAAUCUCGUACUGUCUACCAGCUCCUGUACCAUAUUGAGGCAAUUUUACUUGAACGUUAUUUUUUUUUUUUUUUCAAUAUAGACUUUUGUCCUUGCUCAUUAAAAUGUGCCAUACUGUUAAGACCUAAAAUGCUGUAAAUGUUCGAUGCUAAUAGGUCUGAUAUGUUUCCUGUAUCCUGAUUGCACUUAUUUCCAGUUCUUUAAAAACUAGGCUAGUUGAAGCAAGUACAAAACAAAUCGUAUGAUCUGUCUCUUGCCAAAAAUUGUCUGAAACGAGUAUGUCGGCAUUUAAUUUAUCUGUUUAAUAGGUUGUAUUUAGCCAACAAAAACAAUGUGUUCUAGGUUCAGUGUAUUGUUUUAAAGGCAUUGGAAUUGUUGAAUAUAUUGAAGAGACACUGACAUUGUUUUUGCAAAGGAGCCCCCGAGACCCACAGAUGCUCACCUUGCCAGCACUCCCCCAGCACACUCCUUCCUCCAUCAUAGAUGCAACUAAAAUCCUCUGUAUCGGACACUAGAGGGAGAGGUGACCCCUCCCUCAAUCAUGUGACCGUGCUUGGGUCUAGCUAUUGGUUGGUAGACAUCAGUACCUGACAUUGGAGGAGGUGACAUGCUUUUCCAUACCCCUGCAUCAGAGGAUGGAACAGCUGGCAAGGUGAGUAUUUGUUAGUCAAGGGGGUCCCUUUCCAAAAAAGUUACCCUGAAUGGAGGCUGUGUCUCUUUUAAAAAGAGAGACGUGUAUAAUAAGCCACAUGGCAACCAACCACAUGUCAUCUUUCAUUGAUCUGACUACAGUCAACUGACAGCUGAUUGGUUACUAUAGGUUUCAUGAUUUUGUUGUAGCCGUUGUUAUAUGCCCAGUUUCUUUGCUGUGACCUCAGUAUACCUUCCAGAUUGGACAAAUGCAUGGUAUUAUUGGCACAUUUUUUGUCACUAGCAUGGUGUGGGUCUUAGAAAACGCCUGUUUGCUUUCACCCAGCAUCUCCUGUAAUGAUUUAGUAAAUUCUUUAAAGAUCUGUUCAAUAUAGCAAAGUAGUGUUUGGCUUCAGGAACAUUCUGCUUCUGCACAGCCACAGCAUUAAAAAUGAAAUCUGUGUCAAAGGCUUGUUCCUGCGUUUAUCAUGCAGCCUACUUUGUUGUCUUGAUAAUAGAACCUCUUCAUUUAGGGUCCUUGGAGCAGUGUACUAUGAUUACUCUACCCCAAAACUGAAAGUUUUUUUCAAUACUAUUUAAUGUAUUAUCAAUUAUCCCCAUUUAAUGCUUGAAUGAGACUUGGUCAUAUGCGUUAGAAAGUGAUAAAGUUGUGCCAUAUUUUAUGCUCAGUUUAAGGGCACGUGCACAUGGCCGUAACUUACAGCAUCUGGGCAUACAGAGUAAAAUAUGUCUGCAGUUGUGGCACACAGGAGCUACAGCUGCAGCAUAUUUCUGCCCAUAGGAAUACAUUACAGAAUUUUUUUUAUACAUAUAAAAAAUAUACCCUCAACGUGUGCAUGAGUAUAGGAGCACACAGCACUUUCUGUAAUGUAUUCCUAUGGCAAAAAUAAAUUGCAACUGUGGCUCCCAGGUGCCACAAGUAGAGCUAUACUUUACUGCAAUUUAUGGCCAUGUGCAAGAGGCCUUAAACAUAAAUUCUAGUCCCAUCAUGCAGGCUCUCCUGGGUAAGCGUAGGAAUCUUCAGUAGCAUUUACAGCAACUUAAAUGGCCAGCAGUAGUCUGAUUGUGGUAGCUGUGUAGGAUAUUCAUACGGCCAUCAAGGCCAAGCACAGUAAGAAGUGCAGUCAGUAUGCUCCAUUGGGUUUUGGUCCUCCCCACAUUGCUAGGAGAUUUUGGCACCAUGCACUAACAUGUUCACCCUUCAAUAAGCCCAAGAAAAGUUUACAUACGUUGCAGCCUAUCGGUGCUUUGAUGUGGUGGCUGCAUUUGUUUUGUUUUUAUAUGCCAAGUACAUUUCCUGCCAGUACAGAAAAAUACUUGUUGAUCCUGAUAGAAAUCCAAUGUGCUUGUACUUUAUUUGUACUGAAUUGAAAUCUGAACCAAUGUUAUCAGCUUUCCAAGCCAUUUUCUGCAAACAACAAAACCCCUCCUCCCUAUGUAAUGAAAU